UCUCCCUCUCCAUUCCCCCAAAUCCGCCAGCCUGCUCCUGUCACGGGUCGGUUCGUCUAUCUUUACGGCUCGAUUUGGAAGGCAAUUCCACCAUCAGGGGUUCCCACACUUGGACAUGGCUCCCAGACUCCAUUUGGUCCGCCACGCAGAGGUGCGAUUCAUGGCCAUUGGCUUCCCCCAUUCCUGACUUGACCGACAAUCAACUCUAGGGCUUGCAUAAUCUCGGCAUAGCCUACUGGUCUCUCGAGGACCCGCCUCUGACCGCGAAGGGCAGGGAGCAGUGCUCCAAGCUCAGAGAGCAUUUUCCCUCGCAUCCCAGCGUUGAACUUGUCGUAUCGUCGCCCAUGCAUCGUGCCAUCGCGACUGCAGUGGAGAGCUUCCAGCCGCUGUUUGAUCGUCUCCCGGACUCCAGGUUGGUGGCACUGCCGGAUCUCCAGGAGAUCAGCAGCUUCCCCUGCGACAUUGGAAGCGAAGUGACCGCACUUCAAGCGAAAACGGAGGACUUGGGCGCUCACAUAGAUUGGAGCCAUGUGGAGGACGGGUGGACGAGCAAGGACGGACGAUACAAGCCCACCAGAGAAGCGAUUCAGGAGCGGGCUCGUGCCGCCCGGCGGUGGCUCUAUGAGAGGCCAGAAAAGGAGGUGGUGGUAGUCACCCAUGGGGCCUUCUUACACUUCCUGACCGAGGAUUGGGAAGACAGUUGUGUGUACGAAGGGACGGGCUGGGCCAACACCGAGUAUCGCACGUAUGAGAUGGCCGCCGCUCCGGAGGAUGACGAAAUCUCGCUGGUGGAGUGUGACAGCUCGCGGGUCCGCCGUGGCAAGACUCACGGGGCAUCUUCACGAGAUGAACAAAGUCGAUUGUAUGGGAUGGCGCUGCAAGGGUGGGAGGAACAGGGCUACUUGUUGAAUGGGAUCACCCAGACGGCGGUAGUGGGAUAGGG